ACGAUAGUUAUCCUGUCGUACCCCUCACCUCUUCUUCUGUAACUCGGCAAUAAAAACAGAGAAACCCCAUCGCCUCUCUCCCUUUGAGAGGUUCUGCAACACGGAGGUUGGAGAGAAGAACUUCCUUUGUUGGACCUUUUUAGGUUUUCUAGGGUUUUGGCUGUGGGGGAGAGAUCGAAGGGAAGAACUGUACAGGGAUUCUCAUGGGGAAAAAGAGGAAGUCUGACGCCACGCGCUUGGAUGAGGUCGAUCGGACGAUAUACACCACUUUCUGCAGCGCCGCGAAUUCGCUGUCGCAGCUUUAUACGCAGGCCAUGAAUCAUCAGAAGCUCGUGUUUCAAGCUGGAGAGCGUCAUGCAUUGGAUAAACUGUACCAAUGGAUCUUGAGGCAACAAGAGGAAGGAACAAGAGUGACGACAACAGAUAUACUAGCUUACCUGCAGAAUGAAAUUGAUUAUGGUGGAGAGGAGCCAUCAAUGUCCCCCAGGCAGCCAUUCCAAAAUCAACACUCUCAACCGACAAUGCACUUUGUGAACCCAGCAGGUGCCCAGAUAUCUUCUGGUUCGUUUGGGUUGGCUGCUGCUGGGCAAGGUCCUCGGUCUGUUCACUCUGAUAAUCAAGCUAAGAAUUCAGUCUUCUCAAAUGCUCUUUCAAGUCCAGUUCGCCGGAGCCUUCAGCACUAUCAUUUAACACAGGGAGGUUAUUAUCCUAAUAGUGGUAUGCCCUCUGGAAAUGUAGCCCGGAAUGUUGAAGCCAGCUUUUCUCAUCACCAAAACAGGGAUUCUAAUUCCCCCAGCUCCAACGAUUCCUCCAUGGACAUGCAUGCUGAUAGUCCUGGUCAUGAAUCUCCUUACUGAUGAGGUGCUUCACAGGUCGACUUCCAUUAUAUUGGUCAGUCUUGAAACAGAGCUGCAAUUCAGUCUCUAUUGGUUGCUGCAACUCCAUAUAGAUGAAAAAACAUGAUAUGAGAAAGGUUGCUGCUUGUGGAAAUAAGCAUGUGAUGCUUGUGUCUUGGCGUGCGGUUUGCAGAGCAUAAAAUUAGUGGAAUGUUCUCGUGGAAGAGAAUGCAAUGUGAUGGAUGCCAAAACCGUCAACUGAUUUGUUGAAAGGUUCUCUCCAAUCUUUUUGCUUUGGUGUUCUAUGUAUUAAAAAUAUUAGGUGCUCGUUUUGGAUUGUUUCUGGAUAUUUGGUAGUAGUCUUUACAGGUUCACAUUGACAGUGUUUAGUAAUAUUCUCUGAUGUUUUUUAGGAUGCCUUAUUGUAGUGAACUCUUUUCUAUGUUAUUAACGUCAUUGUAUUUGUAGAUAUGUACAUCGCC